AUGACCGACAGCGAAAUAACGGGAUUUCAAUCCCACCACAAAGACUUCACAACAAUCACCGGUCAAACCCCCUCCCUCGAACUACUCGCAGAACACCGCGACUACCCCUUUGCACACGAAGCCGGAAUCUACAUCCCGGAGACAAACAACCUCUGGAUCACCAGCAACCGAUGCGUCGACCCAAAUGGCAGCAAAACCCAGCAAAGAGUCUACAUCACCCGCGUUGACCUGAAUACCAGCCCCAUCACCUACGAGGAGAUCCCCACCGACAUCCCCAUGGGCAAUGGCGGCAUCAACUACGACAAAGAUAGCAUCCUCAUCUGCGGGCAGGGGUCCAUGACCCAGCCUAGUGGGCUGUAUCGCAUGUCCAUCACUGCCCCGUACACAACGGAACUGCUCAAGGGCGACUUCUACGGCCGGCCCUUCAACUCGGUCAAUGACGUGGUCGUGCAUACUGAUGGCUCCAUCUGGUUCACCGAUCCCAUUUACGGCUACAGGCAUGAGUAUCGUCCGGAACCGUGUCUACCGUGUCAGGUGUACCAGUGGUGUCCGCGCGAAGGGACUAUUCGCGCUAUGGCUGAUGGCUUUGGAAUGCCGAAUGGGAUCUGUUUCUCCCCGAAUGAGAAGACGGUUUAUAUCACGGAUACGGACCGGUUGCAUGGGGAUGGUACGGUGUUUGAUCAUCGGGCAUCUUCUAUCUAUGCCUUCGACGUGUCCACGAUACAUGGACAGCCAUUCCUCACCAACCGUCGGCUCUUCGCCAUGGCCGAUCACGGUAUCCCCGACGGUAUUAAGUGCGACCUCAAUGGAAACGUAUACAGUGGUUGCGGGGAUGGAAUCCAUGUGUGGUCCCCCGGGGGUGUUCUCCUCGGUCGCAUCCUCAUCGAUGGCGGGGUGGCCAACUUCUGUUUUGGCAGAAACGGGGAGAUCUUUGCGCUCAAUGAGCACCGCCUAUGGAGGGUCCAGCUCGGGGCUGGUGUCAAGGGGGCAUUACUUGGUCUGUAG